CCUAAGUCGCCCACUCUCUCUCUCACUCACUCACUCAGCCGUCCUCCGUCCGUCUUCCCGGCCUCCGUCUCUCCUAAGUCCUUCGCUUUCUCGCCCACUCAGUCGUCCUCCGUCGUCCACCGCUUCUGUUCGGUCGACAUAUUAGGGCUCCAGUCGACUUCUGUUUGGUCGACAAAUUAGGGCUCUGUCGUCGACUAAUGUUCGGUUAAUGCUUGUUGGCUUGUGAAAUAUGUUGCUAAUUAGGUAAAAUCGAUAGAUGGUAAACUAAAAUUUUGAUGCUAAGUUUUGGUUUUACCCCCUCCGUCGUUCUCUCUCUCUUUCCCUCAUCAAACUGCUUCUAUAUCCCUCUUCUCUCUCAAUCCGCUCCUUGGAAUGCAUGUCCAGUUCGGCUGAAAUAGACUGGGCUCAAUCCUCAGGCCGACUGAUCGAAAAGGUUGAAGAUGAAAUUGAUAACAAUGAAGAUCUACUUCCAAUGAUUAGACCAAAAAGAAGGCUCCUAUUAACGACACAGCUUAUGCAGCAAGUUUUUCGACCCCCGUCAGCCGCAGUUCUCUCACUUGAUGCGAGUUCCAACUAUGAAGUUAUUAUGUACUCUCUUGCAAGAUCAGUAUUAGGGAGUAUUUGGAGUAUACCAAGGGGCAAGAAACCAUGAGGAAUUGCACAAUUUAAUGAAAGCAACACUCAUGAUAUGCAGACUUAAGAAGGAUGUUCUUUCUGAGCUUCCUGUAAAAUGCAGGCAGCAGCUGUGUACAAGCGGUCAACUAUGCCUAUCUUUAAAGCUCAUGGGUUGGCACAGUCGUCAAUGUCUGAUUGUGUGUCAGAAACAAUAUCUGCUAUUCGCACGGUGAGGUCCUAUGGUGGGGAAAAGCGCCAAAUGUCAGCAUUCGGUAAUCAGAUUUUCGCAUAUAAGGCUAGCGGCAUUCAGCUGGGCACUUACAAAUCCAUUAAUGAAUCAGUGACCCGAGUUAAAGCGGUUAGUUGUGUUCAUCAACAACCAGUGAUUUUAGGAUCUUUUCUAAGUAUUAUUUUCUUAAUUUUCUGCUCACUCUCAGUUGCACUUUUGGGUGUUUGACUGAUAUGAAUGGAGAUAUUAAAUAAUAGCUUUUAGUUACUGAUGGGAGGAAUAAUUUUACAUGUAAAAUGUGAAAGAUUGUGGGAAAUGGAGUAAUUGUUCUUGGUUUUUAAUGAUAUCCUCUUCCAAAGGAUCUUUCGUAGAUUCAGUUCAUGUUCAAAAGUCGUUUUGUUCAAGGGCAUUCAUUUGCAGGAGCAUAGGUUCCUUCUCCCAGCUAAAGUCUCUAGUUAUUUUAUCAACUUUGUUUCUCAUUAGAUGCUAAAGCCAUUCUCUUGUACUUUGCAAGGGCUUAUUAUUAAAACCAGAGUAUUAAGAAGUGUGACAUUCAUGUUCUGAGAGAACUGUAAUUUUUGUGCGAGAGCAUUGAUUGUCAGGAGUAUAGUUUCUUCUCUUGGAUAAUGUCUGCAGCUCUAUAAUCUAAUUUUCCUUGUUAAAUGCUAAUGUUAGCUGCAGAUAAUUCUAAACUUAAGCACCACAAUAAUCUAGUCAAGUUUUAUGAGCAUUUCUAUGUAUGUUUCCUUAUACGUUUUAAUGGAAUGCGCAGGGUGAACUCUCAGUUGGAACUGUGGUUUGAUAUACCUUUACUCUUAC